AUGACUAAAAACAGUGCAGACGAGACUAUUGCUGUAAAAACAAUGGAACGCAUCCAUCACGGCUUUCACAAGCGCACAACAUUAGCUAAGAAACGGGUUCAGAGGAUGUCCACAGAUGAUAUGAGGAAAUUCAUGAAGAACAAUGGAUUUGUGCUGUUCACUGUGUUGGCUGUUAUUAUUGGUAUCAUACUCGGUUUCUGUCUCAGGGAAUAUCAGAUGGAUUUCCGGCAGAUUAAGUACUUUUCCUUUCCUGGGGAAUUACUGAUGCGUAUGUUACAGAUGCUGGUGAUGCCGCUCAUCAUUUCCAGCUUGGUCACAGGUAUGGCUGCUCUGGACAGCAAGGCCUCCGGAAAAAUGGGUCUUCGUGCAGUGAUUUACUACACAACCACGACUGUCCUGGCAGUGAUAACCGGGAUCAUUAUGGUGUUGAUCAUCCAUCCUGGAGGAGGAGGCAAGGAGAAGAUGCACCGGGAGGGGAAGAUUGAAGAAGUGCAUUCAGCUGAUGCAUUCAUGGAUUUAGUCAGGAACAUGUUCCCCCCUAACCUGGUGGAGGCUUGCUUUAAACAGUUUAAAACCAACUACGGCAUAAGAAAGGUUAAGCCAAUCAUUGCACAGAAUGAAACUGUCAUCUCCGACUCGGUGAUCAACAACUUUUCACAGGCCAUGAAUCUUCUACUGGAGGUGACAGAAGAGAUGGUCCCAAUACCAGGCUCUGUCAAUGCAGUCAAUGCCCUGGGGCUUGUCGUAUUCUCCAUGAGCUUUGGGCUUGUGAUUGGAAAAAUGAAAGAAGAUGGAGUCAUACUCCGUGACUUCUUCAACUGUCUGAAUGAAGCAAUUAUGCAAUUGGUGUCUGUGAUCAUGUGGUAUGCUCCAAUGGGUAUUCUAUUCCUUAUUGCGGGUAAGAUUGUUGAAAUGGAGGAUAUGACUGUGGUGGGAGGACAGCUGGGGAUGUAUACAAUCACAGUCAUUGUGGGCCUGCUCAUUCACGCUCUCAUCGUGCUGCCCCUCCUCUACUUCUUCAUCACACACAAGAAUCCCUUUGUUUUUAUUGGUGGACUGGUGCAGGCUCUGGUUACUGCACUUGGCACCUCCUCCAGCUCAGCCACUUUGCCUAUCACAUUUCGUUGCCUGGAGGACAAGAUUGGGCUGGAUAAACGAAUCACCAGAUUUGUGCUGCCUGUUGGUGCCACAAUUAACAUGGAUGGCACUGCACUGUACGAAGCACUUGCUGCUAUCUUCAUUGCACAAGUUAACAACUUUGAACUUAACUUUGGACAAAUCCUCACCAUCAGUAUCACUGCCACAGCUGCCAGCAUUGGUGCUGCUGGCAUCCCACAGGCAGGUCUGGUUACCAUGGUGAUCGUGCUGACAUCGGUGGGGCUUCCAACAGACGACAUCACUCUGAUCAUCGCGGUGGAUUGGUUUCUAGAUCGACUGCGCACAACGACCAACGUGCUGGGAGAUUCACUGGGAGCCGGCAUUGUAGAACACCUCUCUCGCCAUGAGCUUCAGAAAAUGGAUGCCGAGGCUGGCAACUUUGUCAUUGAGGAAAAUGAGAUGAAGAAACCCUACCAGCUUAUCUGCCAGGACAAAGAGAACGAGAAGCCCAUAGACAGUGAGACCAAGAUGUAG